AUGGGCGCCCGGUCUUUGUGGGAGGCGGAUGUCGGGCAGGCAGCGACAGCGUUUCCGCCAGCGUUUAGUGCGUGGGCGGGAGGGGAGGACCUCACGCUCGCGGCAUCUCUGCUGAGGGUGAGCUCGAUGUUUGUGGAGGACCUGGUGCUCCAGCAACCCUACACCAAGGAAAGGUACGGGUCGGUUCGCAAGGUGUACAUCGUGUGCACGGAGGACCACGCCAUCGUGGACAAGUUCCAGCGCUGGAUGGUGGAGAACAACCCGGUGGACGAGGUGAAGGAGAUCGCGGCGGACCACGUCGUGAUGCUCUCCAGGCCCGACGAGCUGGUGCGCUGCCUCACCGACAUCGCCGACAAGUACACGCUUAAUUGA